AUGAGGGCGGUUCUUCAGUUGUCUGGUAGAGGCUCGCCUCCCCAGAUCCUGUUGAAUCCGUCUAGUAGCGCUCGCUUGGCAACUGGAGAAAAUGUGCUCGCACAAACAAAACGAGUGUUCCGCACGGGAGUCGCACAACCUAGAGCUCUGGGCUCGAAUCCAAGAUCCAGUCACUCCUCCUCCGUGGAUUUCAACUGUCCCGAAGAGUUUGGGUAUUACUCUCACCCCACAGACUGUUCCCAGUAUUAUGUCUGUGUGUUCGGAGGAGCCCUGCUGGAAAGUUGUACCGGAGGGUUGAUGUACAGCCACGAGCUGCAAACCUGUGAUUGGCCUCGGAAUGUUGGCUGCGAUGAUCAAUCGCAGAACGCUCCUUCGGCACCAUCGCGAACUACCGUGACACCACGUGUGCCACAGGUUCUUUCCCGAAUUCGUUUCUCUUCGAGUGCACCUUCAGCACCGUCGGCACCGUCCGGUCCAUCCGGACCAAGCGGGCCCUCGGGUCCCUCUGGUCCAGGAUCAUCGGCACCAGCACGUAUUCAGCAGAUUCAGACCCUGCCACCACCACCACCACCAGCUAAUCUGAAUCCUGUGAUCACGACACGAGGACAACCGAAAAAUUCACCACAGGAAGAUAUUGCUAAGCUCUACGCGGAAGCCCACGAUACUCUUCCACCGGUCGAGGAAGAAGAGUCCGAUCGACAACAACGGGUCUACCGUGGUCAACCUAGCACUGUCACCCAAGUGCAGCGUGACCGAGAUGGAAUCCUGCAGCAGCCGAGCGUAAAUGCCAUCCCUACUCAUGCCAAAAUAGGUUCCUUCGCGUACAGUGCCCAGCCACAGCCGUUCAGUGACGAAGACGUACUGCAAGACUUAGACCGUGAAAAGCAAACUGCUCACACCAACGCCCACGAUCGCAAGAAACGUGACGUGGCCGCAGACGUUGCCAAAGCAACAAUCACCGCCGAUGACGCCCGUGAUAUGCCAAACGAUUCGCCGUCAAACGUUGAACAUCGACAAAACAAACGAUCCGAUCGACAAGAACCGGAAUUGACGGAUCUUACCCAAUUCGAGGAAGCAACCUACGGCGAGGAGAGCGCACGAAGUGUUCGACAACUUAGGCCACUGGGAAACUGGCAGUAUAGAUCGUUGGACGCUUCACUCUCCCGCCAAAACACUUUCCCCCCGAGCAGUUACGAUCCAUAUGCGUUCUCGGCUGGACCAACAUCACCGAGUUACCUCAAAUCUGGAGCACGAUACUAUCAGCCACAGACGUACAGUAAAAAAGAAAUAACGAAUAACUAUAACGAUUACCUCGAAGCUUACGUAAAAGCCAAACAAAGUGGGACUCAAUACUUAAGGCCAGUAGAAGCUACCCAUCACAAGCCAGCAGGUCUGCAGAAUUACAAAACAGUUACCAAAAUAACACCUCAGGAUGCAUUGAUUCCUCUCUUGCUCACCAAUCAAUCCCCGAGACCGCAGCAGUACCAAACCGCAUAUACAGCUGCCGCAUUUGUAAAUAACCACAACGGUCAAAAGUACACAACCCCAGUUCCUGAUAUAGGAGAUGACACCAUCCCCGAUAAUUUUGCAUAUUUUCAUUUCGGCAACCACUACUCAUCUACUCCCAUAUCCGUCAACAACCAUGCCAAGAACGCGGCCAAAGCCAAUCAACAGCAAUCCGCGAAGGUGGCUCAGUCCACCAACCGAAGUCCAUUCAUUGCAUUUAGCUCCGUCGGAGGAUUCUUUAAUAAUCAACCUACUCCCAGUCCCAUCAAAGAAUCCUUCGUAGGGGUAUCCAAGUAUCCAGUUCAGCAGGCCAAAUCCAAGAUCCUAACUGGACCCAGCACACCAGCCCCGGUCUAUGAAGAUGAUGGCAAUUCCAUAACACAACUGCAACGAUUUCCGUCUACCACUUCGAAGGCCCCAGUAACGACACUAGAAUUCUACCCACAAAAUUUGUUCAUUGGCAACGGGAAUAUAUACGCGAAUAACGGUCCACCCCACGGGACCUUCAAUAGCUACAACGAAAAACCGAUAUACGAAACAUCUACGCUUAGACCUGCUGGUUAUUUCAUAACCAAAUCCACGAAUGGUUUUCAACCAAUUUUGAAUCCCACGACACCACGGUACUAUUCGCAGGGCAGCCAAAAGAGCCCAGAUUACACGCGAUUCUUCGAAAGUAUUAAAAGUAGUCACGUUCAGCAAACAAAUACCAAAAUAAACGAUGAGUUGCAAAACAUCGGAGCACAACAUCCAAAGAACGGCACUACAAGUCUCCGGUCAGUACCAUCUGUGCAGCAGCAUAACAAAUUAAUUCACUAUGGUCCAUCGACCAUCAAACCUACUAGCGAAUCGAACGAGUAUUAUUAUGAACAAAACGACGAUGUUCGUGGUCAUAAAUAUGUAAAGAACACACUGACUGGCAAUCGCAAACCUAUUUAUUCCAAACAUCCCAGCCAAGACGACGACGAAGACGAGGAGUAUUACGACGAAGAUGACGAAGAUGACUAUGAGUAUAGAUAUCCGGUUAACAAGUCCAAAUACACUCCGAUGACGGAAACUAUGGCCCCAAGACCUCUGGGAAACUUGACCACACCAAGACCUGCCGCAUCCGUAUCCGGUCAUGUAUACUACCACAAUCACAAGUACGAAUCUACGACAUGGCGUCCGAAAAGUGUAACAAGUCAUGCUCCCACGACUAGCGAUAUUCCGCCAAUCAUUAAAUUCCCGGAAGAUGUAUUCCAAGGUAUUAGACCACUAGGCGACAUUCCACGCUAUCUGAACAAAUCAACCUCCCGACCAUACACCGUACGACAGCGAAUGCGACCAACUGCAAUCCCGAACGCAAAUCUAAUUGACGAAACGACUUCCAAGGAACUGCUUCGAACGACUGCCAAAUCGUAUACCCCCAAGAUUGUAGCCAAGACGACCACUACGACUUCAACAACAACUACAACUACGACGACGACUACACCAACACCACCACUAAGAAUACGGACCACCACGACGACGACUGUCGGUUCGACCUAUGAAACAACGCCGCGCAAGCGGUACACCGUCCGACCAAACCGCGGCCAGCAACGCUGGCGCACUACCGAGACCCCUGAACAGCCUACCGCUAGCACCAGACCGAACAAAAACCAACUCCGUAACGAUCGUUUGGAACUCGAUGAACGGCUACCAAACAGAGUUGAAACAUCUUCGCCGGCCCCAAGCAGAUACAGUCCCGAACAACCGCAGAAAACCGUUCUCAGCCAGAGCAACAAAAACUACUACAACACUAGCAACUACGAUCCGUCUGCGUACGAUUCCUACUACGCCGUCUACGAUGAGGAUGUAGAGCUGUACAGAGAUGUUGAAUACCAACCGCAGUACAACCAGAACAAUCAGCAGUCAUCGCCUCAACCGCAGAAGCCAAUCGUAACCUCUACCUACCGUCCGACCGUGGUCACUACCGUCGCUCCAACUUCUCAGCGAGAUCAGUCACUGUACGUCACUUCUCCCCGUACCACUUACCAACAGCGGCCAUCGUAUCAGGCCGAUUAUGAUGAUGCCCUUGUGUCACAGCUUGAAGAUGAUCGUUAUAAUCAGAAACAAACGCACACGCAACUCAGAAACGAUUUGAACUCGAUCUCCGAUCGCCCGAUUUUGGUAACGUCAACGAUUCGUACCUAUAACAGUCCAAAAUAUCAGACAGCCUUCGUAACAUCACCCGAACCGUUCUCACUUCCAUCAACAACCACAACAAGAACCACUACAACCACCACAACCAUCACUACAACACCAGCUCCGCUACAGUACUAUACCACAAGAUCAUCACAAUUGGAUGAAAAAAGCAAUAAAUCGACUCCCAAUUCAAUCAUAUUAACACUCGCAGCACGCGCGGGCUCCUCGUCCACAACAACCGAAAGCCCCCUCCUAGUAUCCUUUUCCCCGUUCUCCUUUACCUCUGGCAGAUCUGCCGGUUCCAGUUCCAAUAUAUUCAGACCUAAAUCGAAAAGCAACAGCACAACAACUACUAGCACAACAACCACUGCCGUUCCUUACAUAUCCUCGAGUAGUGAAUCCAACGAACCCUACCGAAUCCCACCGGAAAUCAAAUUCCAUCCCAUCCCAGAGGACAGCUACUACGACGACGAUGAAUAUCCUCUCAGUAAGACCAGAUAUGAAUACGACGUUCAAGAAAACGAUAGCAGCAAUGAUCAAUCGAGUAAGAAGUACAUAACCCAAAAAUUACUCCCAGUAAACCCACCCUCCUCCAAUUACGGUUUACCCGGAAGUCGUGAGAAAAGUCCUUUCUCUUACGAUCAACCCACAAAGUACGACUCAUACAACUACAACAAAUUGCCUUCUCCACUACCGUCGACAACCACUACUACCCAAAGACCAACUACCACGACUACAAGAUCAACUACCACUCCUAGUACUACUUCCACAUCUACAACCACGUCUACAACUACCUCUGAUCCGGUGGUACAACGUCAAAAAAUUCAAAGCUAUAUCGUUUCCGAAGUACAACCGGAAAGUUUCAAACCGUACAAAAAUUUCUCCUCUCUCAAAACCCCUUCCGUAUCGGACUACGAUAGCUUCCUAAGCAGCGGUGUUCGCACGCGUGGUCAAAAUACGUUUCUCAAAGCUCUAGGCACUACCCUUUCCGCCACCCAGCAAUCCACCAUCGCUACGUCUCCUAGUGUUGCACCUGAUUUAGCUUAUUCUUCUGAUGCAGCGACCCGUAUCAACCCCACCGAGAAAUCCAGCUUGGACAAGAUCUUUCGGGUAACUUUAAACUCUAAAUUCGGCAGCUCUCGUUCUGAGGAACCUGCCUUGACCGUAGGAAGACCAAGUUCAACACAGCCUCCACGAUACAUAGUCAAACCAGAACAGUUCGAUACAAAUAAUACCAUUCGAUUAACUUUAGGUGCCUCAAUAGGACAAAGUUCAACGACUACUCGAGCUCCCUUUUCUCCUUCGUCCCCUAGAUAUGUAAGCUACGACGAUGCCACUCGAUCUACUUCAGGUUAUUCUAAACAGAAAGAAUUCUCAACUACCACUGAUCGAUCAGUCAGCCAGCCCCCUCGCUACGAAGUCAAACCUGAACAGUUUGAAAGCAAUAAAUCGGUUCGAUUGACUUUAAAUGCUGGAAUCGGUGGUAGACCGAUUUUUUCUAAAGGAACUGUUGAAACUGUAGAAAUACCAUCCUCUAGCCCUAGGUAUAUUCAAUUUACUCAGACGGAUGCGAUAACUACGACAACCCCUGAACCCAGUACCACAACCAGCAAAGCGCUACGGCUAUCCCCGAGCUCUACUCUGGCUCCGGGACGUACUCGUUACUACCAAGAUAGAGAUGAGGUGGGAUCAUUUACUAGGUCCAAUUCCAAACCAACGAAAGUUAGUUUUCGAGACACGGAUCCUACCUCUUCUAGCGAAUGGGUUCCUUCUUAUCCAAACAAAGUAGUAUCAAGCGCACACAGCAACACGAUCCAAGAGAAUGAGGAACCGGAACCCGAUGAUAUUUUCAUUCCAUCCAAUGUUAAAGAAACUUACCAGAACCAGUUGGAGGUCAGAACACUACCACCAACGCGGUUUCCUCCCCGGUCUACUCUAGCGCCUACCGCUGCUGAAGAUAGUAGAAAAAUUGCGGAAUCAGUACAAAGUUUCACCACUCGAGGAUUAGUUUUCAAAGAAACGCUGAACAAAACUUUGGAAUCAAGCAAUAAUCCACGCCUUCUUGUAUCCCCCUUUAAAAGCCUAGAGGUUCAACGGCAAACAACCUCGUCGGACAAACCAUUUGCAUACUCUACUUCCCGUGUGAUUUCCAACUUAUACCGAAGUACGACGGAUGCACCUAGAGAACCCUUCAGAAGCUACUUUCUCAUAACAGCUCCCCCAAAACUGGCGAAUAUUGGCAAACUCUCUAGUACACCUGAAGCUACAACAAUUCCAUCGACUACUUCAACUUCUACUACUACUGCUAAAACUACUACAACUACCACCACUACAGAACUACCAACGACCACUACAUCUACAACAACCACCACCGAUUCUACUACUACCACGAGCACGACUCCACUAUCCACAAGUACCACAUAUACAUCCACCCCUUACUUUCCGUCCAUGGAAGACACCAGCACCACAACUGUGCCAAAGCCAACCGAAGUAUACCGGGGUCGUUACCGUCCCGUUUUCAACCUGGUAAAAUCUUCCGAUGCAUCCGACGAGGUUACCACUCCCCGUUAUCGACCUCGUAUUCGAAUCCCUACACGACGGUCCUAUACUCGGCUAAGACAAACUGCCUUGCCCGCUUCUAACAGGAGCCUUGACAAAGCAAACCAUCCUUUCACUAACACUGAAAGCACCCUGCUUUCGAUUUCUACAGAGUAUUUCGAUCGGCGCGUAACCCCCUCGCCAUCAUCGCCGUCGAUUUCCCCAUCUACUAGUUCACAUUUGAACAGAAUUAGCACCACCGAACGAUCUCGCUACGAUAGUGAUGAAUCGCCGGCUAAAUCUUCGCAUUACAAGUCGCGUUUUAGUGACGAUAGCGUUAAUACGUUUAAGAAAGUUACCGUUCCGUCGGAGAACGUGACACUUCAGACAAAUAGCGAACCCGUUAAAGUGGUUGCAAUCACCGACAAACCCAUCUACUACACCAGUUACCAUCUGACCUCGACUGAAGUGAACUCUUUUGGACCUUCCUCCAACAGCAAGACUGAGACGACGACAAAGAAAUUCCGUGCGACCGUUGAGAUGCCAGAAAUGAACAUCCCCACCGAAAAGGAGCUGUUGUCCUAUCAGCAGGACGACAGCGCCAGUAACGAAGAAGAAGAAGAAGAAGAAGACGAAGAUGUACAUGACGAAGAUGAUGAAGACCAAACGGAGGAGGACCUGGUGGACUAUUCUUACCUCGAAACGACCAGUGCUGCUUCGACCCCAACUACGACGUCUACGACCACUACAGCUAGCAGUCGACCGGCUAGCCCAUAUAAACCACUAUACCGUUCGUCUAAACGUUACACUAGCUCUACAACUACGUCUACUACUACUGAACAAACAACACUGAACACUGCCCAACAAUACGUGCAGGAUACAGCGACACAAAGACUCAACCAAACCCCUUCAACACUGCCAGUACAAAGUACAUCACAAUCAGACACCACCUUGACCAAUCCAUCGACGUCCGAAACAUCUAGCCUAGAUGAAUCGGAACGAACGAAUUUACCACCCACUUCCACAAACACAACCAUCACCUCCACCACAACCACCAACACCACUCCUCGCUUACCCACAACAUACUCCAUGAACAAGCUCCCACCGCGCGCAUCCAGGGUCAAUAAUGCCAUAAAGACCACGAUUGCGGCCGCACAGCUGCCACGCCGAUAUAGCAAACCAUCAGCCGGGAAAAGUAUACAAUGUACAGAAAACUCACUUUCCGCCAAAUGCAACGAAAUCCCGUCGAGAGGCAGUAACAGCAACCGUAACCGUGGACAGCAGCAGCAGCAACCACAGUACGUUACCGAUAUUCAGUCUACUGUUUCCGCAAACCGAGGAACACAUCCACCACGCGCUCGUCCUACUCUGAAGCCUGCGCAGACCAUCGUUUCUAAGGCGCAGGAGUUCAUUGAUAUCUACCGUCAUCCGGCGUCGCGUCCCGAGCCUCUAUACCCUCAACCGAACCCGGACAAAACAGCUGCCAAGUGUCGCAAGGAUGUUUGCCAGCUGCCUGAUUGCUACUGCGGUGGCAAAGACGUUCCUGGAGAACUUCCCGUCGAACAAGUGCCACAGAUUGUACUGCUCACCUUUGACGAUUCCGUCAACGACCUGAAUAAACAGCUGUACCAGGACCUGUUCGAACGAGGACGUGUGAAUCCAAACGGUUGUCCAAUCUCCGCUACCUUCUACGUAUCGCAUGAGUGGACCGACUACAGCCAGGUGCAGAAUCUGUAUUCCGAUGGACACGAAAUGGCGUCGCAUACCGUUUCUCACAGUUUCGGAGAGGCAUUCUCGCCCAAAAAGUGGGCUCGUGAAGUCGCCGGGCAGCGGGAGAUUCUUUCUGCGUAUGGUGGUGUAAAACUGGAGGAUGUUCGUGGAAUGCGCGCUCCGUUCCUGUCCAUCGGAGGUAACAAGAUGUUCAAGAUGCUGUAUGACUUCAACUUCACCUAUGAUUCGUCGAUGCCGGUCUAUGAAAACCGUCCACCGAGCUGGCCGUACACACUGGAUUACAAAAUAUUCCACGACUGUAUGAUUCCACCGUGUCCGACCAAGAGCUAUCCAGGAGUUUGGGAAGUACCUAUGGUGAUGUGGCAGGACCUGAACGGUGGUCGCUGUUCGAUGGGCGAUGCUUGCUCGAACCCACCGGAUGCCGACGGCGUGUACAAGAUGAUCAUGAAGAACUUCGAGCGGCACUAUACCACCAACCGAGCACCAUUCGGACUGUACUAUCACGCAGCCUGGUUCACGCAGCCUCACCAUAAGGAAGGCUUCAUACAGUUCCUGGACGCAAUCAACUCGAUGAAGGAUGUGUUCAUCGUGACCAACUGGCAGGCACUGCAGUGGGUACGCGAUCCGACACCCAUGUCCCGCAUGAAUUCGUUCCAGCCGUUCCAGUGUAACUACUCCGACCGUCCCAAGCGGUGCAAUAACCCGAAGGUAUGCAAUCUGUGGCACAAAUCCGGUGUUCGAUACAUGCGUACGUGCCAGCCCUGCCCGGAGAUUUACCCGUGGACCGGAAAGACUGGUAUCCGCUCUUCACGGAUCGACAGCGACAUCGAGAUUGCCGACACGAACUAAGUCAAUGACAACCGAGCAAAAUUUCACGGUAAUGGCAACCGUCUAUGCCGAUGACGACGACGCGGACGAUGAAGCAGAUAUAUUUGCGUGUAAUAAAAAUUUAAUGUGAACAAAAUCAGUCAAAAAAAAUUAGUCACCCAAGAAGUUGCAAAAACUAAGCCGAGGUCCCCCGGUACGCAGAAAACGAAGAAAAACGUCAAAAGACUAGAUGAUUCUUUUCUUUUCUCCAGCUUUAGGUUAAAAGAAGAGCAAUCCACCUAUGAUCUUUUUGAACUUUAGUUUUGGUUUUCUACCGAAAGAUUGAUUAAUUGAGGGAUUCUCGUGCGGUAAAAUUGUACACGUUGACAACGAAAAAACUAUUCACGAAUACCUAGAUUUACUAUAUCAAUUAACUACGAGUAAAGAAAGCUUCGCACUCACUUUUUCACCAACGCAUACUUGGUAAUUUAUUAUAAUUAAAAGUAUCAUCGAGCAGCACCUCGGAGCUUAGCUGUCUUCAUUUCCCAUGACCGGAGAGUUGGAUGAAGUUCUUUUUGAUAUUAUUGUAACUGUUAGACCUUUAAGAUUUUACUACAUAGAGCUAUUUUCCUGUAAAUACAGCGACUGUUGCGACAAUCAACAUACGAUGAAAACAAAGCAAAAACGACAAAUACUCACUCUAUAGUUUAGAAACUGAAAGCGAUCAAAUAUUAUUAAGACGUUUUGACAAAGAAAUCGGACCGAAAACAAAAUGGAGAAAGGUAGCACUGCCAUAUAAAAAACGAGAGGUUUUGCCCUUCCAAAACCCACAAGCUGCACGAAACUUCUGCUAUUUCGUUGAAAAAUAAUGUAACUAAGAGUUUAAAUUCCAAAAACAAAAGUUUGUUAGUUAGGUGUCCAAAUCCAUCGCGAGUUAGAAAAUCAUUCAAACCCUACUUUCUUUGUUCAAUUAUGUGAAAAAAAACUGAUUUCGACACAUUUCGAAGCACUUUAAGGUGAUGGAUUGCAUACCUAGCUAACUUUUAUGAAACAAUUUUUGAAACAAUUUGUGGGCAGACUCGAGUGAAUCGACGAGAAAAAUAAAAACAAUCGAAGAAUGACACUAAAAUUGAUAGUGAUAUAUUUAUAGCUAGUUAGAAAAUAAAUUAUAAACUGCUGCUAGGAUGAAUCUCUAAGGCAUAAGAAGCAACCUAUUGUACAUAAAGAUGAUUACAUAAUAAUACCCUUUCCAUUCAAAGGCUUGCUAAAUCAGCAUCCACAAGCAUGCACCAAUACAUGUGACUUCCGAAGUUCGCAUUUUAAUUGUAUUUAGUUUCGUUAAUUAAAUUUUCUGUUGAAAUUUUGCACACAUCUCAUUUUACAACUCAUUGCUAUUUGCUUUUUAAAGAGAUCAUUUUCUGUAGUCUAAAUAUAUGUUGUAGGGCGACGAGUGUGUAUUAGUGAUACAGCGUGAAAGACGCGUCGUAAACACGUGUAUCGUGAAAUCCGAUAUAAUACUGUCAAAACAUAGUGAGGGGAGAAGUGUUAAGAUAUAUCUUUAUUUACCACAACUUGUUUGCAAAUGGCAACUGGACUGUCGUCUGAAAAGAAGAGAAAACUUUAAAAGAGAUGUAAAUAAAUCAUGUGUACCGGAAAUCGUCGAAUUAAAAGUGAGUGUAUCGGAAGUGAUUCAAUAAAACAUGACAAUUUUUAAUAAAAUCAAACAAUGUUUACUGUA